ACCCCCUGUUAUAGGACACCAGACCAUCUGUCCUCCUGGUUAUUGUCUCACCGUCUGUCCCGGAGCCUGCAGGAGGAACAUGCGGACUGCGGCGCACCGACCGCCCGCGGCGCUGGUUCUGUUCGGCGCAGCGCUGUGCGCCAGUCGGGCCGAGGUGAUCGAUGAUUUGCUGGGCAGCCUCUCCCGCGGGGUGUCCUUCCUGGAGCGGCAGCAUGAGCACAUCAACCUGGACGGGGCGGUGGGCUUCGUCAUGCUGCAGGCCGAGCUGAAGGAAGCGGUCCGGACCUGGCCACACACAGACCCGGUCAGCUGGGCUCAGAGGACCACCGCCGUCGCUCUGCUCAGCCGCCUCGAUCAAAGCCUGGACAAGGCUGUCGCCGCUCUGAGGCUCAACGACCCCAAAUACUACAGAGAGUUUGAGCCGCUGCUGACUUGGACGUUUUGGAUGAUUCCUCAGGAGUGGCGCUCCACGGAUCCCAGCCUGGUUUAUCCCUCAACUUUGACCUCUGAGUGUUACGACGAGCAGCUGAGCGAUAAGUGCCUGACGCUGCUGCUGGGGACCUGGAAGAUGAACGGGACGCCCUGCAUCGUCACCAAGCCCUGCCGGGACACCAUGACCCGGUUCGGCUGCCCACAUUACUCCCUGUCCCACCAGCUCCUCUACUUUAUGAUUGGCCGAAUGAGAGGUUGCAACAACUUGUUGAAAGGUGACACCCGAGCGUCCCGACAAAACAUGACUGAACAAAACUACCAAGACAUUUUCUGCUCCAACAUGAUGAAGGCUAACCAGGACAUCGUCGCUAACGGUUUAACCGAACAAUCGGUCGACAUCUUCAUUGAAAACAUCCUGAUUUGUGGAUUAGCUGGUUUUUCCGACUUCCAGAAAACCGACUGGCUGCAGCACAUCCUCAGGCUGCAAGACGACGAAGUCGGCUGUUUUGGGAGGGACAAAAGCUUCAUCUCGCAGAUUAUUGGAGAUGAGCUGCUGGAGCAGCUGCAGCCUCACCGGAGAGUAAAACGGAGGGAGAAGAUACUUCCAGACGGCUGCUCCAGUCACAUGACAGCGGUGGCGGUGGGCGCUCUGGGAGGAUACCUGAACUUUCACCUGACAGAGCAGGACAUAACGAAGAGGCCGCUGUCCUGAACAGACUGUCCACAACACCUGCUGUAUCAACACAUUUGUUGAUGUUAUAAAAAAUGCUGGAAGUUUGUGUUUUUAUCCACUUUGUAAAUCUGGAUUAAGUUCAGCUAAUGUAAAAGCACACACACACACACACGCACACACACACACACGCACACACGCACACACACACACACGCACACUUCUUUACUGUAAG